CCAUUUUGCUAUCGGGGCUGGUUUGUCUCGUUCUUCCUUUUUUGUUUUGUUUGGAAUCAAAAGAGGAUAGUGGGAUCGGAGGCUUUUCGUCCCGCUGUUACCUCUUCAAUUUACCUUUAUCUUCAGAUGUCGUAGGUUCGCCUCAUCGUUCACACCGCUCGACAUCGCGGUGGGUUUGGCCACUUGGCAUCUGCGGAAAAGUGAAGUGGAUGAGCAGAAAAUGGGGUGAUAGGGAAGAAUCAGAGAGGAUUUGGACGUGUUGGGGUUAUUCUUCCCAAGCGGCAUCGAUGGUAAUAUCAAAUUUAAGGUGAAAGGGCUUCCAAGUGUGAGAGUAGUGGGAGGAGUAUUUUUUACCAAAACGUACUCAGGAAGUUGGCACCAUAGGGUCCCGGGCCUUGCCGGCGCCCAGCAUAAGGGCGGGCAGUCUGAAGGACCCGGAGAUCGCUGACCUGUUCGAGCGCGAUGACCCCGAGCGGGUGUUCGAGGACCUGCGCGAGAUCGGUCACGGCAGCUUCGGCGCCGUCUACUACGCUCGCAAUGUCAUCACCAAGGAGGUGGUGGCCAUCAAAAAGAUGUCGUACACGGGCAAACAGAGCGCCGAGAAGUGGCAGGAGAUCCUGAAGGAGCUGCGCUUCCUGCGCACACUCAGCCACAAGAACACGGUCGAGUACAAGGCCUGCUACCUCAAGGACCACACAGCAUGGUUUGUGAUGGAGUACUGCUUGGGCUCGGCCUCGGACAUCAUCGAGGUACACAAGGCGCCGCUGAAGGAGGACGAGAUCGCCGCUAUCACGCAGGACGUGCUGAACGGCCUCGACUACCUCCAUUCCAUGGGCAAGAUCCACCGCGACGUCAAGGCAGGCAACAUCCUGCUGACGGAGGUCGGCCACGUCAAGCUCGCUGACUUCGGCUCUGCCAGCCUCAAGUGUCCGGCCAACAGUUUCGUGGGCACGCCGUACUGGAUGAGCCCGGAGGUGAUCCUGGCCAUGGACGAGGGCCAGUACGACGGCAAGGUGGACAUCUGGUCACUGGGCAUCACGUGUCUCGAGCUAGCCGAGCGGAAGCCGCCCUACUUCAACAUGAACGCGAUGAGUGCCUUGUACCACAUAGCCCAGAACGACAGCCCGACGCUGACGUCUCGCGGCUGGUCGGACGUGUUCCGCCACUUCGUCACGCUCUGCCUGAUGAAGGACCCGGCCGACCGGCCCACCGCCAGCCGGCUGCUCUCGCACCACUUCAUCGUACGGCCGCGCUCGCCGAACAUCAUCCUGGAUCUGAUCGCGCGCACCAAGGCGGCGGUGCGCGAGCUGGACAACCUCAACUACAAGAAGAUGAAGAAGAUUCUCAUGGUGGAGACGGAGACGGAGAGCACGGUCGGCGAUCUCGAGGUGGACUCUGUGGGUGACAACGGCGACUUCGUGGGCGACGGCAGCAAGAGCAACAGCAUCACAUCGGAGCAGUCGGCGGCCAUCUCGGCCAGCAGCCAGAGCAGCUCCACCAGCAGCAUACCGCCCAGCGAUGGCGCCCAGGGCUUCCUCACUGCCAGCAGGAAACCGAAGACGGAAGCCAACAGUAACAACUUCGCGACGAUUCGGACCACCACCCUGAUCACGCGCCAGCAGAAGGAGCACAUGCAGGAGGAGAUGCACGAACAAAUGUCCGGCUACAAGCGCAUGCGCCGCGAGCACCAGGCGGCGCUCAUCAAGCUGGAGGAGAAAUGUCGCGUCGAGAUGGAGAACCACAAGGCCGUGCUGGACAAGGAGUACGAGAAUCUCAUCACCCAGUUCACCAAGGAGCUGGAGAGGCUGCAGGUUAAACACAGCCAGGAGGUGGAAAAGAAGGUGAAGACGGACAUGGCCGCCGAGCGGGCGCUGCAGAAGGAGAUCACCACGCGCCACACGGCCGAGCAUAAGCUGUACCUGCAGCAGGCCAAGAAGGAGAACAAGCAGAACAUGGAGCGCUGGAAGCGAGAGCUCAGCACUGACGAGAGCACGCCCAAGAAGCAGCGCGACGCCAUGCUCCAGAACCAUAAGGAGAGCAUCCGGCAGCACGAGUCGUCGGAGGACCAGCGCAUGAAGCGCACCCACAAGGACUACCUGGAACUGGAGAUCCGCAAGUUCCGGCGCCGGAAGCUGGUGGGCCUGCACCACCUGGAGCAGGACCUGCUGCGAGAGGAGCUGAACAAGCGGCAGCAGCAGCUGGAGAUGGCGCACGCCAUGCUGCUGCGCCACCACGACCAGACGCAGGAGCUGGAGUACCGUCAGCAGAAGGCGGUGCACUCGAUGCGCGAGGAGCACGUGCGCUCGAUGCACACCACCGAGCUCAACAACCAGCACGAGUACAUGCGGCGCGCGCAGCGUGAGCUCCGGAAAAAGCACGCCAUGGAGCUCAAGCAGCAGCCCAAGAGCCUAAAGCAAAAGGAGGUGCAGAUUCGCAAACAGUACCGCGAGACGUGCAAGAUCCAGACCCGCCAGUUCAAGGCGCUGAAGCAGCAGAUCCAGCAGUCGACGCCCAAGGAUGAGCAGAAGGCGCUGCUGAAGCGGCUCAAGGAGGAACAGAAGCGCAAGCUGGCGCUGCUCGGCGAACAGUACGAGCAUAGCAUCGCCGAGAUGCUCCAGAAGCAGUCGAUCCGGCUGGACGAGUCUCAGGAGAUCGAGCAGCAGCAGCUCAAGGAGCGGCUCGACCACGAGCUCGAGAUCCUGAUGGCCUACCAGAGCAAGAACAAGCUGAACGCCGAGCGCCAGCGCAACAAGGAACGCCGCGAGCUCGAGGAGCGCGUCAGCGUGCGGCGCGCGCUGCUCGAGCAGAAGAUGGUGGAGGAGCGCCAACAGUUCCAGCAGGAGCGCGCCGAACGGAUCCGGCUGCUGCAGGAGCGCCACCAGCUCCACCUGGAGCAGUUCGACGAGGAGUCGCUGCGGCUGGGCUUCUCGGCGCUUCAGGUGGAGGACGGGGCCGACGAGUCUGCGCCGGCGCAGGCGGGCGGCUCCCAACUGAGCCUGGCGCGCGGCCGGCCGGCCAGCGGCUCCGGCGCGCCGCCCCAGUACCCGCCGCGCCACGUGCACGGACACCGGCCGCAGUCGGCCAUGUAGGCGGCGCCACGGGCGCGGACUAUUUAUUGUAGACGGCGCCACCAUUGCGCCGGCCGGCCGGCGACGCGGGCGCCGGCCGCCACCCCUCACUUGCUGGUGUAGAUACAUAUAAAUAUAUGAAUAUUAGUUUGUCACAUGGUUAGGACGUGUAUUAUGAUUUGAGACGGUGAACACUGUACUAACUGGGCCCCCGACGGAGGUGCACUGGAAGUGGAUCGUAGGUGUGUGACCGGCCGCUGAUGACGCGGGGGAGCUCGUGGUCAACCCGGUCGUCGGCCGCUCUCGCUCGCCCGGCCUCCGCUCUCUCCGCACUCCCACAUCGCUGCACUCCCUCCCCACUCAAUCCUUCUUGUCUUCUUGUAUCACGCUGUUUCUGUAGUGCCUGUCUGUCGCCGUCGAGGUUUCGCCCCGCCUGGCCGCGAUUCUCCAUAGCCUCCUGCCCGUCCGGCGUGACGCGCCCUUGUGGGGGCCGUUCCCCCUCGGUCCCGCGCCCGCUCUUUUGUUGGAUGCUGUCUCCCAGUACCCGGCAAACAAAUUCGUCAAAGAACAAUGCUUAUUUUUGUACCUUGCUCCUCAGUUGACAUGCUGAGGUUCGCCUAUUUGCCCAGAUUGAGUACUGCCAUCGCUGUAGAAAAUUGUAUUUUUAAUAAUUUUGUUAGUACCAGUUUGUCGUUGUUUUGUUUUACGGCAGUAAUUGCAUUAUAAUCUUGAUGGCUUCAACACAUCUAGUCUUGCCGAUGGGCGCUGGCGGUGUGGUGGUGCCGCGUGCGUUCGUGCGUGACCAUGAGACUGCGAGCGGCCCGGCCCGGCGCGCCGCGCCGCGCCGCACCGUGCCGCGCCGCCGCCACGCAUCUUAUUACAAUAAUAGCCCCGUCAUCGUGUUAGGUUGUGAUAAUGACUGAGAUUCCUGCUUGUGACCGUCUGUAAAUUUCUUCCAUCGCUGGCUGCCGCCGCGGCGGCAGGAGCCCGCCGCCUUCCCGCCUCUGUCCGCUCCCGUCUGGCGCGCCGGGAGGCCGGCGAGGUCGGCCGGCGCGCCGCUGUAGCACGGGCCCGUGGGUGUUGCACUGCUAGCCGACCUGCGUCGCAUUUGACGCCGGUGGUUUGUGUUGUCCCGUCCCUUUCGGCUCGUCCGACGGGAUGGAUAUUGAAGGUGGCGAGACCUUGGAGGGCCGUAGCCAUGAUUGAUGGAGUUGAUGUUGCGAACUUUGAACUGGUGGAAAAUAGAGCGAGCUCUCGUGAAUGAUAUCGUCAGAGGUUGGAACGUCUGAUGUGAUUGGACCGUGCUUGCCGUUGUUCCUGAGACCCAUACCGUGAGCCAAAUUAAUAUUUCCAGUCUUUCCCUAGACGCUAUCUAUUCUGAUGUUCCGCCAUCACGUUUAGGGGCUUUUAUUCCGGGAGCAGACGACGUGGCUUUGGGAUAACAAAUACAUUUUAAAUACGAA